UUUGUGUCAGGUGCUCUGAGUGUUGGCAUCUCCCACGAACCCAGGAUUUUGUCUUGAGCCCCUUUGCUUCCCUCCCCACGCUCUCUCCCUGGUUGAUCUGUGCUACCCUUGGCUGUCCAUACUUUCUGGCGGUUUCCCUAAUUAAUGUUCCCAGCGCUGAGCUCGAGAUCUGUAAUCCAGGUACCUUCUGGAGUUCCCCAGCUGCAUGUCUGAUGGGCAGCCCAAACUGGCCCUGCUCCCCAAACCUGUUCCUGUCCCAGUCCUGCCUCCUCCUCUGUGACCCCGUCCUUCAAGGGCUCAGCUUGAACUCUCCAGUUUUCCACUGAUCCCUCCACAUUCAGUCCAGCAGCAAGGCCCACGGGUGUCUCCAGCUCUUGUGCCCCAGAUCCCUCUUGUUUGGGUGGCUCCUUAUUGAUCUUCCUGCUCAAUUCUCAAAAGCCCACAUUCCCUGUUUUAAUUUUUAAAAAAGUUAUUGAAGUAUUGAACAUGUACUUUGCUAUCUAUAAAAUAGUGUCCCUAAUGUGUAUGUCAGUGACGAAAGAUAAGAAUAGUGCUCCCAGGGCUGGCACCUGCCCCACCCUCCUUCCUCAGUAGCACCUCCUGAGUUUCCCAUUUCAUGUGUGUUUACUGCAGAAGCACAUUACGUGGUUGGCCUUGUUUUUGUCCUUUACUGAACUAUCUGCCACACUUAGGCCUCUGCUGUAACUUGCUGUAUUCAUCAGCUGGUUUCUAAGCGUUGUCCAUGUGACUGUCUUCAUUUAUUUUAACCACUUUAGUAAAUCCUGCUGUGUGAACACAUGAUCAAAAUCCCAUCUCGGCAACCUAAAUCCAAAUAACUCUGAAAACCAAGUGUUUGUUUUUGUAUUUAACCUGUUUGAUGGUGAAACCUGACCUGGCAGGGGUUGUUGAAUGGCCUCUGUUCCCCUCAGCACAAAUACCCGUUUCACAGAAGAGAUGAUGUUUGAUUAUGGAGUGCUGACCUGACCUUGUGAGGAUGCCGUGUCAUAUAGUGUAGACUAUGCCAUGUAGGCUUUGUGUGGUCUGAAAAGUUCUGGAUCCUAACAAACCCUCCCAAGGGUUUGGGGCCUGGGGUUGUGGACCCAGGAACACAGUGGCAGGUACGUGCUGCUGUUUGAUGGAUGUUGGCAUGUGGCUUCUAUUUCCUGUCAUCUUGAACAGUGUUUCUGUGAACGGGCUUGUCUGUCUGGUGACAGUGGUGAGUUUUCAAGGUCUGGUCUAGCAGGAGUGGAAUCACAGGGCUGUAGAGGCACACAUGUUCGGCCUCACAAGGGCUGCCAGAUGUUUCAAAGUUCGGCCUGCUCUGACAACAGUGAGCUCUGGACAACAACUGGUCUUUGUGAUGCUGGUGGUAUCAUUCUUAGUCUUUAUCAGUCUGGUGAUCGAUUGUGAGCUCCUUUUGAGCACAUAUGUCACAGCAUAUAAUUAUUUAGCUCAUACCUCUGGCAGCUGCCCUUUGCACUUAGGGGAGAUAUCUAAACUCCCUCCUCAGUCAGCCUCACUCAGUCUGACCCCAGAUGACCUCUUGACCUCUUGGUUCUUUGACCCCUGGCUCUUUCUUGCAUUCAUCCUACCUUCUGAACACCAAGUCUUCUGCCUGGUCCCUAACCCUGAGUUCAGGUCGCAAGCCCUUUGUAUGUGCUGUUCUUGAGAUUUAAAGUAUCUUUCCACCUCCAUUGCUUCUUACUACAUCACUGUGUUUAUUUCUGAAAUGAUCACAGUUGUUAAGAGAAUUCUUCACCAAUCCCUAAAAUGUUUUUUUCCCCGUAGAAAUAAAUCAGAAUGAGUUACACAGAGAAACCUGAUGAAAUCACAAAAGAUGAGUGGAUGGAAAAACUCAAUAACUUACAUGUGCAGCGAGCAGACAUGAAUCGCCUCAUCAUGAACUACCUGGUCACAGAGGGCUUUAAGGAAGCUGCAGAGAAGUUUCGAAUGGAGUCCGGGAUCGAGCCUAGUGUGGACCUAGAAACCCUUGACGAGCGAAUUAAAAUCCGCGAGAUGAUCCUGAAGGGUCAGAUUCAAGAGGCGAUUGCCUUGAUCAACAGCCUCCACCCAGAGCUGCUAGACACCAAUCGCUACCUUUACUUCCACCUGCAGCAACAGCACUUGAUUGAGCUGAUCCGCCAGCGGGAGACAGAGGCAGCACUGGAGUUCGCGCAGACGCAGCUGGCUGAGCAGGGGGAGGAGAGCAGGGAGUGCCUCACGGAGAUGGAGCGCACGCUGGCCCUGCUGGCCUUUGAUAACCCUGAGGACUCACCCUUUGGAGACCUUCUGAAUAUGAUGCAGAGGCAGAAGGUGUGGAGCGAGGUGAACCAGGCUGUCCUGGAUUACGAGAACCGCGAGUCAACACCCAAGCUGGCAAAGUUACUGAAGCUGCUCCUUUGGGCUCAGAAUGAGCUGGACCAGAAGAAAGUAAAGUACCCCAAAAUGACAGACCUCAGCAAAGGCGUCAUUGAGGAGCCCAAGUAGACCUGUGCGGGGACCCCGCGCGUCACCGCAUGGGACUUGCUGGCAUGUCCGGCUGUGACUGGGAGAUUUUUACUGCAGUAGAGACUCCUUCCCCCACUUUACUUCUUUUUGGACCCAGCACCUUUUAAAGGGGAAAAUGGCUCUUUUAAGUGCUGGAAAGCUCGCAGAGAAAGACACCUUGUCUUCGGAAGCUUGGCGCCAACUGCACGCUUUUGGCCCGUCCUGAAGAUGGUGGCAGUGGUGCCUGGCGCUCGUAUCCUGCUCCUGAAGGGUUCCCUGGCCUCUGGGUGGUCCUGUUAGGGACACCAGUGACCCUCCAGGUCCCCCAGAAUCUAAGAGAAGCACAGAUCAUUGUCCUGCUUUCUGAGAGCUUGUGGGUGGAUGACUCGUGCUCCUCAUUCCCGUCUCUGUACAAGUUGCCCUUUCCCUGGGUUUUUGUUUGUUUUUCCAUGGCAAAGACUAUAUAAAUUUGUAAAUCCUAACUCAAAGACUUCUUGUGUAUGAGGGUACCGAGUUUGGUUUGCUUUCCCUUUGGUCUGGGCUGUGUGGCUUUGGAGGACAUGUGUGUGUGUGAGGGGUGGGCUGUGUGUGUUUUAAUUUUUCAAAUAUAUAUUUUGUUGCUGUAUGUGGUCAGAGACUCUUUCCUGGUAGAUCAGCGAACCAUCUCUUUUGGGCAGUUCUAUUGAAAAUAAAAGUUUCACUUUGAUUUCAAGAAUGACCAAAA